CUUUCCUUGCCAGUGACGGCUGCACUUAGUCUGGAAACACAUCUUCGUCUCAUUUUAUUUCUUUAGGAAAAGAACCAUUUUCAGCGACGGUUUUUCCUCUCUAUGUCUGCAAAUAACCCUACAAAGUAGCAGCUAAUAUCAUUUUCAUUUUUAUGGAGCUUUUCUUCCCUGUAUGUUAAAAAGCACGUUACAAAUAGACAAUGAAACACAUUUCCUCUCAUUGGAUUGUUGCAUAAUGUCUUUUUACCUGGAUCCUAAGUUCUGGAUUUUGUGUGGUUUCGCUGAUGGUUAAACCCAGGGCUGGUAGUCUGAUCUGUGCCUGAAAUUUGCUUCUACAUAUAAAUAACUUUUAUUGGAAGUCUGACUCAUCUACAAGUGAAGAUGAAGUACAGAGCAGCGGCUCCGGCAGUUGACGGAAUCCGGCUAACCAUGGAGAGUGCCUUAACGGCCCGGGACCGGGUUGGUGUCCAGGACUUUGUCCUUUUGGAGAAUUACACAAGUGAAGCAGCAUUCAUAGAAAACCUGCGGAAGCGAUUUAAAGAGAACCUGAUAUAUACCUAUAUUGGAUCCGUAUUAGUAUCUGUCAACCCUUACAAGGAGCUGGAGAUCUACAGCAAGCAGCACAUGGAAAGAUAUCGAGGGGUCAGUUUCUAUGAAGUGUCUCCACACAUAUAUGCCAUAGCAGACAACUCGUAUCGAUCUCUCCGAACAGAAAGGAAAGAUCAGUGUAUUCUUAUAUCUGGUGAGAGUGGGGCUGGAAAGACCGAAGCCAGUAAGAAAAUCCUUCAGUACUAUGCAGUAACAUGUCCUGCCAGUGAUCAGGUGGAAACUGUGAAAGAUCGACUCCUGCAGUCCAAUCCAGUUUUGGAGUCAUUUGGAAAUGCAAAAACUUUGAGAAAUGAUAACUCCAGUCGAUUUGGAAAAUACAUGGAUGUGCAGUUUGAUUACAAGGGGGCACCUGUUGGAGGACACAUUCUGAACUAUCUCCUAGAGAAGUCUCGGGUAGUGCAUCAAAAUCACGGAGAACGGAACUUCCAUAUCUUUUACCAGCUACUUGAGGGUGGGGAGGAGGAUCUCUUGCGUAGAUUGGGUCUGGACAAAAAUGCCCAGAACUACCAAUACCUAGUGAAGGGUAAUUGUGCAAGAGUUAGCUCCAUUAAUGAUAAAAAUGAUUGGAAGACCGUUCGACGAGCUCUGUCAAUCAUCAACUUCAAUGAAGAUGAUGUGGAGGAAUUGCUGAGCAUUGUUGCUAGUGUGCUGCAUUUAGGAAAUGUGCAAUUUGCUACAGAUGAGCAGGGCAGUGCUCAAGUCACUACUGAAAACCAGAUUAAAUACCUUGCUAGGCUGCUUUCUGUUGAUAGCAGUGUGUUGCGUGAAUCCCUAAUACACAAGAAAAUCAUUGCUAAAGGAGAAGAGUUAAAUAGCCCCUUAAAUCUAGAGCAAGCUGCAUACGCUCGUGAUGCCCUGGCUAAAGCAAUUUAUGGACGUACGUUCUCAUGGCUUGUUAGGAGAAUUAAUAAGUCACUUGAAUAUAAGGGUGGUGACCCCCAUAGCUUGGGUAAUGCAUCUGUCAUCGGCCUGUUGGAUAUUUAUGGUUUUGAAGUCUUUCAGCACAACAGCUUUGAACAAUUUUGCAUUAACUAUUGCAAUGAGAAGCUGCAGCAACUGUUUAUAGAACUCACCCUAAAGUCUGAACAGGAAGAGUAUGAGUCUGAGGGCAUUGCGUGGGAGCCUGUCCAAUACUUUAACAAUAAAAUAAUCUGUGAUUUGGUGGAAGAAAAGUUCAAAGGGAUAAUUUCCAUUUUGGAUGAAGAAUGUUUACGUCCAGGUGACGCUACAGAUUUGACAUUCCUGGAAAAGCUUGAGGAUACUGUGAAAAAUCACCCUCACUUUGUAACACACAAGCUUGGAGACCAGAAGACAAGAAAAUCUAUGGGAAGGGAUGAAUUCCGUUUGCAGCACUACGCUGGAGAUGUGAAUUACAGCGUAGUAGGAUUCCUAGAUAAAAAUAACGAUCUUCUCUACCGCAAUUUGAAAGAGGUCAUGUGUGACUCAAGCAAUCCUAUUAUACAUCAGUGCUUUAAUAGGGCUGAACUGACUGACAAAAAAAGGCCGGAGACGGCAGCAACUCAGUUUAAAAAUAGUUUAGCCAAACUGAUGGAAAUUCUUAUGUCCAAAGAGCCCUCUUAUGUUCGCUGCAUUAAACCAAAUGAUGCCAAGCAGGCAGCUCGUUUUGAUGAGGUUCUUAUUAGGCACCAGGUGAAAUACUUGGGACUCAUUGAAAAUGUGCGUGUUCGCCGUGCUGGGUUUGCAUAUCGAAGAAAAUAUGAAUUCUUUUUACAAAGGUACAAAUCUCUUUGUGCUGAAACUUGGCCAAACUGGAAUGGAAGGGCACAGGAUGGAGUGGCUGUUCUUGUAAAGAGUCUUGGAUAUAAGCCAGAGGAAUAUAAAUUGGGCAGGACAAAAAUCUUUAUCCGAUUUCCAAAAACCCUUUUUGCUACAGAGGAUGCCCUGGAAGUGCGGAAACAAAGCAUUGCCACGUUUCUCCAGGCCAGAUGGAGGGGAUAUCACCAACGUCAAAACUUCCUACAUAUGAAACAUUCAGCCAUACGAAUCCAGUCUUGGUGGCGCGGAACAGUUGGUCGUCGAAAAGCUGCCAAAAGAAAAUGGGCCGUGGACAUAAUAAGAAGGUUUAUCAAGGGUUUCAUUUACCGUAACUAUCCGCGCUGCACAGAGAAUGAGUACUUCCUUGAUUAUAUCCGCUACUCCUUCUUAAUGACUCUGCUUCGGAAUAUACCAAAGACUGUGUUGGACAAGUCCUGGCCAGUGCCUCCGCCAUCAUUAAGAGAGGCCUCAGAGCUCCUGCGAGAGAUGUGUAUGAAUAAUAUGGUGUGGAAAUACUGCAGGAGAAUCAGCCCCGAAUGGAAACAACAGCUAGAACAGAAAGUUGUUGCCAGUGAGAUCUUCAAGGAUAAAAAAGACAACUACCCACAGAGCGUUCCUAGGCUUUUUAUAAACACUAGGCUUGCCAACGAAGAAAUAAACUCCAAAGUUCUCCUUAACCUGGAAAAUGAGUCACUAACGUAUGCUGUGCCUGUGGUCAAGUAUGAUCGUAAAGGUUACAAGCCUCGACGUAGACAGCUACUUCUAACUCAGAAUGCUGCCGUUAUUGUGGAAGAAGCCAAAACCAAGCAGAGCAUAGAUUAUGCCAAUUUAACAGGUAUCUCUGUUAGCAGCCUGAGUGACAACCUGUUUGUUCUUCAUGUGAAAUGUGAUGAUAACAAGCAAAAGGGAGAUGUGGUGCUGCAGAGUGAUCAUGUGAUCGAAACACUGACUAAAAUUGCCAUAAUUGCUGAGAAAAUCUACAAUAUCAACAUUAAUCAGGGCAGCAUCAAGUUUACAGUCGGCCAAGGUAAAGAAGGCAUCAUUGACUUCACAUCAGGCUCAGAAUUACUCAUAGCCAAAGCCAAGAAUGGGCACCUGUCUGUGGUUGCCCCACGACUCAAUUCACGAUGAUGAACACUACAACCAUAAUAGGAAUUUGGUCCUCUACCAGUCAUCUGACGUCACAUACAUAUUUCCUUUUUCCCCCACUGGCUGGACAUUACCUACUUUCUUGCAAUAUAAAUUUGCUUUUAUAUUUUAUACUUACCAAAGACCUGGGCUGCUCUAUAAUCAAAGAAGAAAUCAUUAUUUUAUAUAUUUGUUAUGUCAAACUUUUAAUAUUUUUUUUAACCAUAACCUGCAUUUGCACGGGCUCCUUGUUUCACUAGUGACUUUAGUAUUGCCUACAUUUCACCUUCUCCUGCACAGGGAGUAAAGUGGUCAGCCUAGAAUAUAUGAAAUAGACCACUUCUGUGCCUUUGUAAUGUUAUAGAUAAAAAUAAACAGGAUGGCAAUUUUUUUUAUUUUUUUUUUAUCCUGAAACACAAAUUUAGAAAGAGCAAAAUAUUGAUCUGCACUAAUACGUAUUUAUAUAAUCUUAUGAUAAAUAUAUUGAGGAAUAGUAAGUGAGUUUUAUAGAUUUUAUUCUACUAAAGUUUAUUGGAAAAAAAAGAUCUUAAAAAUGAACAAAGAAAAACGAGCUUUACAAGUUGUGGUUUUGUAAACCAGAUAAACUGAAAGCCAUAUAUGAAUGAGGGAAACUGGCGAACUGUACUAAACAUACUUUGUAAGCAGAAUACAAAAAUUACUUCCUGUAGAAAUGUUUAGUAUAAAAUUUGUAUUGUAAAUCUAAAAAAAUGUACGUGCAAUAAAAUCCUGCUCUUUAGGGCACGUUACCUGCCUUAAAAAUCAUAUUUUUAUAUAACCUUUUGCCUUAUCGCACAUGUAUGUCUAUAUCAUGUGCCCACCUGCUUUGUAUGUUGCAUACCUAAUAUUAGAUGUGUGCAUUUUGCAGGUUUGUUAACUGCCAACUGCAGCCACUCUGUGUUCAGCUCUUUUUGGAGCCGGUGUCCUGUUGAUUUUUGUUACCUGGUGAAUUUUGCUACCCUCUCAAUGCACAUGCGCACACUUACGUCACUGCAUUCCACAUAUGUUGUAAAGUAUGUGUGGAAUGCUGUGAUGUAUGUGCACUCAUGCGCACUCAGAGGGGUAGCAAAAUUCGAUGUGUAGAUAGCAAAUCUCUACGCUUUGUCUGCACAUGCGCGCCACGCACAAUCAUUAUGUAAGUAAAAUCAAACUCUUUCUCCAACAGUAAUUUGCAGCUGAAUAUAUCAUCACAAUUAAAGGUUACUCAUAAAAUUAUUAACUUACAGUUAAUGAAUUUAGGAGUAACCUUUUAUUGUGAUGAUGAAAUAUGGAACUGCAAAUUACUGUUGGAGAAACUGUUUCGUUAAUUGUAUUUACAUAUCGAGGGUGCGCACAAAAUUUCAUAUCUAGCCGUCUAAUUUUGCUACCCUCUCAGUACGUAUGAGCACACAUACGUCACCGCAUUCCACACAUGCAUGCGCAUGGUAGCAAAAAGUCAACAGGACACCGUAUUUCUUCUUGUUAAAGUGCAACACGCUAAGAUCUGGAUUUGCACAGAUCUUAAUAUAUUGCACUUUAACCAGAAGAAAUCCAGCUAAGAAAAGAACCGAAUGCAUCGAGCGGCCACCUUCUUCUGCAUCGGCAGUCAACAGACCUGCUAAAAAAUGUCUACCUAGCAUCACUAAAUUUUCAGCUAUUUAAAGAUUACUGUCAGGCCUGAAAAGAAUGUGCCUUUUUCAGAACUGCCAGCGGAGUAUCAUAUAUAAUACCCCUUUAAGCAUAUGGUUCUGCUGUCUUUGUACACAGUGGCUGCUUUGACAUGAGUACCCUGUUGUUGCCAGUUUUUAGGAUACUCUGGCUUUAUCAAGCAAACUUCCUCUAGACUACUAAAGAGUGUAGAUAUACUGUGUGUUCUUAGAAGCAAUACCUCUUGAUGGGCUGUCAUAGUAAUUGGGGAUGUGGCCUAACAGCAUUGCAAGGAGAAAGAAGUCCCUUUGUUUUAAGAACACUAAAUUACAUUUAAUCCUUGUACAUGCUUAAAGCCCCAGGAAUAUUAAAUCCAAUACAUUUGCAACGUUACAGAAGUAUUUGUUUGUUGUGCAAAAACUGUGAUAUUUCCUAAAGGACCAAUAUCUGACCUAGUCUUAAAUCUAGCUGUUUGCAGCUGUUGAGGCUUCAUUAUUUUUUUUUUUCCAGGUGCCCUGACCGACCAACUUCAUUUCUAUAGAUUGAUUGACUUAACGGUUUUGUCUUGUAUUCUCUUUGUCUGGCUCACAUACUUUAAAUAAAAAAAAUGUACAUGAGGCUGGUGAAUCACACUUUAUUCUAUCACCUGGGACACUAUCACAGCGUUUACUCUCCAAGAUGUUUAAAUAGCUUUGUUAAUGAUUUUAUAUGGUACCUGCGUUGUUGGUCCAAUCAAUAAAUACUUGCAAAAACAUGGUUCUAUUAGAAAA